AUGAAGAUCGUCGAAUACACAGCCGCGCUGGCCUCAGUGGCUGCAAUUGCUUCAGCCAGCUCGCCGUCUCCUCAAGGAUGGCGAGGCGGGGAGACCAAAUUUCCUAAGCCCUGGUUUCCGCCAAAGUCAUGGCCGCAAUUCCCACGCCUCCCGCAUCCUUUCCAUCCUCCGCGUGGGCCCCGGGAGAAGCCCCUAGUUAAAUCGGAGCCACUCCAAGCCUCCAUCAAAGAGGACGCUAUCCGGAAGCACGCCGAGAAUCUUCAGGCCAUCGCCUACGCAACCGAAGGCCGCAACCGCGUCUUUGGUAGCGCUGGCCAUAACUUCACUGCCAAGUAUAUCUAUGACCUGAUCAAGGAGCUGGAUGAUUACUACACCGUCGAAUACCAGCCCUUCGUUGAGCUGUAUUCCGGUGGUAGCGCCGAGCUUGUGGUGAAUGGCCAGGAGCAGGGCGCGAGGUUGAUGACUUAUGCGCCUAACGGAAGAGCGGAGGCCAAAAUAGUUGUUGUGAACAACUUCGGAUGCAACCGCACCGAUUUCCCGGCCGAAGUAACCGGCAGCAUUGCGCUGAUUUCCCGUGGUUCGUGUGAGUUCGGACUGAAGGCCGCCCUUGCUGGCGCCGCCGGUGCUGCCGGUGCUGUCAUCCACAACAAUAUCAAUGGUACUCUCAGUGGCACCCUAGGUGCGCCUGAACGUCCGGAGGGCAGGUAUCCCCCAACUGCGGCCAUUCCGCAGGACAGCGGACUGGCAAUCAGACAAUUGGUCGCUGCUGGUGAGGUGAUCGGCCGCUUGAAUGUCAACUCCAUCCUGGAGAACCGCACAACGAUCAACGUUAUCGCCCAAACCAAAGGCGGUGAUCAGAACAACGUCCUUAUGGUCGGAGCACACUCUGACUCCGUCGAUGCUGGACCAGGCAUCAACGAUGACGGCUCCGGCACCGUCGGCAUCCUAGAAGUCGCCCUCCAGCUCGCCAAGUAUAAGACAAACAACGCGAUUCGCUUCGGCUGGUGGUCCGCGGAAGAAUUUGGCCUGCUCGGAAGCGAGUUCUACGUCAAUACUACCGCGCCUGCAGAGCUUGACAAGAUCCGGCUCUACCUCAACUUCGAUAUGAUUGCGUCGCCAAACUACAUCUACGGUAUCUACGACGGUGACGGGUCAGCGUUCAACCUAAGCGGCCCACCCGGUUCGGCGCAGGCGGAGAAGCUCUUCGAAGACUUCUAUGCUCAGAAGGGUCUCCGCUCUCAGCCGACGGAGUUCAGCGGCCGCUCAGAUUAUGGCCCCUUCCUUGCCGUCGGUAUUGCGGCGGGAGGCCUGUUCACGGGUGCUGAGAACAUCAAAACUGCGCAGGAGGCGGAAUGGUACGGCGGCGAGGCUGGAGUAGCUUACGAUAAGAACUAUCAUGCAGUAGGGGAUACCGUCGACAAUCUCAACAUGCAGGCAUUUUUGGUCAACACGAAGGCUAUUGCGCACUCGAUCGCGACAUAUGGAAGGUCGUUCGAGACUCUGCCGGCGCCCACGCGCAAGAGGUUCAUCAAGAGGGACGUCGCGCCCGCGAAGAAGUCGGGAUGUCAUCACAAGCACGUGGAGCAUGUGGAAUUGUAA